CAUUCUGCUAGCUAAGGUAGCACUUAUAAAACUCUCAACCCGUGAUUGGGCUCAGUCCUAUAGGGCGGCUAUUCAUUUACCACGGAAUCACGAGAAACAUGGCCGCCCAGACAAUUGCACUCGUCAUCUGUAGCACGCGCUCGCCGCGCCUCAACCCCUUUAUCGUGCAGCACGUCGAGCGCAGAAUCCGUCCCUUGCUGCCCAUAUCUGUCGCCCUCGGCACCGUCGACGUCGCCGAGCUGGCCCUGCCGCUGUACGACGAGCCCGCGAUCCCCUCCCACCUCCCCACCGACGACCCAACCCCUCACUACGCCCACAAGCACACGCGGCGCUGGUCUGCGGUUGCGCGCCAGUACGACGCCUUCAUAUUCGUCACGCCGCAGUACAACUGGAGCGUCCCCGCGUCGCUGAAGAACGCCCUCGACUACUUGUUCCACGAGUGGGCCGCGAAGCCCGCCGCCAUCGUGUCGUACGGCGGGCGCGGCGGCGGCAAGUCCGCGGCCCAUCUGCGCGACAUCCUCCAUGGACUGCGCAUGAAACCCGUGGAGGCCGCCCCUGCCCUGACGACGAGCGGAACGACCCUCACCCACUGUCUCGAGUCGGGGAGCCUGGGUGAGGUGGACGUCCGGCGGUGGGCCGAGGCUGGCGUGGAGGAGCAGCUCGAGGCCAUGACCGCGGAGCUUCUACAGGCGUUAUCACCUAACUUGCGUUCUUGAGCCUAUAUACAACGAUAGUUUAUAGAAUGAAUUUACACGCCAGGCAGCAUAGUAACUACUCUGGCGUUAGCCUACCCACUUG